AUGCAAGAUCUUCUCUCAGCAGGUCCAGGGUUCAACCUAGUAGACGACCUGGACAAAGCCCGGGCCGCCUUCGACCUCAAAAUCGAGACCGUCAUACAAGGAUACGAAGAAACCAUCUCCUACGAAGACACAGACAUCCCCGGCCCCACAGGACCAAUGAAAACCACAAUCCUCCGCCCAAAGCACCAGAAGCACACCACCGCCGAGGAUACCCCCGGCAUUCUGCACAUCCACGGCGGGGGCCACUGCACGGGCAGUCGCUUCUUCGGCGUAAACACCGUACUCCCCUGCAUCACGGCCCUGGGCGCCGUCUGCGUCACAGCCGAGUACCGUCUCACGCCGGAACAUCCCCAGCCGGCUCAGCUAGACGACACCUACGCCGCGCUGGCGUGGAUGAGCGACCACGCGCAGGAACUGGGGUUCAACCCGCGCAAGCUGAUCGUCUACGGUGGCUCGGCGGGUGGGAACCUCGCGGCGGGUGUCUCGCUGCUGGCGCGCGACCGGGCGGGCCCGUCUAUCUUCGGACAGGUUCUUAUCUACCCGUGGCUCGAUGAUAGCAACCAGACGUUUUCCAUGAAGCAGUGUGCUGAUAUCCCGCCGUGGACGAGAAAGAAGAAUAUGGUUGCCUGUGACUAUGCGCUUGGGAAGAACCGCGAGCAUGUGUCUGCUUAUACUGUGCCGUCGCAUGCUACAGAUCUGGAGGGCCUGCCUCCUGCUUUUAUUGAUGCUGGCACGGCGGAUCCGCUUCGUGAUGAAGGUGUGGAUUUUGCUGCGGCCCUGUUGAGAGCUGGGGUGUCGGUUGAGCUGCAUUUGUGGCCGGGCUGCUGGCAUGGCUUUGACACUAUGGUGCCCAAUGCGCCUAUUAGUCGGCGGGCUAUGGCGGCUCGGGUGGAAUGGUUGCGGGAUCUACUUGGUAGAUCGUAG